AUGGCUCAAAAGCACUUACACGAGCUCCUGGAAGAAGACCAAGAGCCAUUCCUUCUCAAGAACUACAUUGCUGACAGACGCUGCCGGCUCAAAGGGCCUUCACCCAAGACCCAGUUACAAGCUGUCAAGAAACGAAAAUCCAUAUCCAAAACGCCGAGCUUUCCUGGAAGCUUCUGCAAAAACGCUUGCUUUCUCUCCUUCCACGACUCCCCGGACCUCAGGAAAUCUCCACUCUUCGAAUUUUCAUCUCCGGCCAAGAGCCCUUGUAGAAGCCCAAAUGCCAUUUUCCUCCACAUUCCUGCCAAAACGGCAGCUAUUCUUCUUGAAGCUUCUCUGAGAAUUCAGAAACAGUCAUCAGCUUCAAAAUCCAAAACCCAAAACAAAAACCAUGGAUUUGGUUUAUUUGGGUCAAUAGUAAAGAGACUGACCCAUUGGGGCAGAAAUCGCGAGAUUGAAGGCGAUAGAAUUAACGUCUCAGUGAAGGACAUUCUGAAAUGGGAUUCAUCAGUUUGCCGAACUUCCAACGAAAACCUGAAAAGAAUGCACAAAAAAACAGUGGCCAUGGAGGAAAAAAGUGCUUCCGAUAAAAGUGCCAGUGAGACAACCUAUUCUUGUUCUUGUAAUGGUAGGCCUAGUAGUGCGAUUUGGUCAGAAAGUAACGAGGAAAGGUCUUUGGACCUCGAUUUCUCAAGUAGUAGCCAAUCCGUGGACUCUGAAGUCAUUGAAUUGUUAACCAAACGGAGAGAAGAUGCAGAUUUCUCUUGCUGCGACAAACAAUUUUGCGAAAGCCCUUUCCGUUUCGUGCUCCAAAGAAGUCCAUCGCUCGGUCGUCGGACCCCGGAGUUCACGUCACCUGCGGUAUCCCUAGUCGUCACAAAAGAGAGCUUGGGGAUAGAAGUCAACAACCAAGAAUUAUGA